AUGGCUAUUCAUCCAACGCUCCAUACUGAAGGGUCUCUGACGCCACAACCUGCCCAGGUGAUUUCUGGCUGGCUUCAACAAUCCUCCCAGUCUAUCCACAGUGACGGAGCUGGAGUUAACCCCACUGCAAGAGUGCCGGGAACCUCAGUGUCCCUAGCAAUCCCCUUGGACGAGGAGCACACUCCACUCACCAGCUUGCCAUUACGUCUAAGGACAGCUGCCAAUGGCGAUACAAAUUCCCAUGUCGCCUCUUCUGCAACGUAUAGCCGCAGGGAACCACUCCACCGCGAUAGUCUGAAAAGACGCGAUGCCCUCCUGAAAGGCAAGGAAGGAAGCCGCCGUAGACAGCGCUGGGAAAAUGCGGGGCUGACAAGACACCUGUCCACUACUUUCUUGGACUCUUCUGCUCGUUUCCCAGACCGCCUUCUUCAUAAUCCUUGGGCUCAACCACCCUCUGCGAUCGAUUGGCAGGUCCAGCCCACCUACCAGCGCCGUACGGUUCCAUAUUACUUAGCUCCGCUGUGGGAUUCCCACUUCGCGGCUAGGGAACAGGCUAAAAGUAGCAACAAGCCCCUCAAGGCCAAUCAUAAGGAUGGUAGUCCGGAUGUCCAAUCCCAGAUCCCCAAGGAUCUGCGGCUGAAAUUAAAACAUGCUCGAGCUGCCCGUGGUUUAUUGCGCGAUCUUGAGGAGAAAAUUCGCCUGUUUGUCCAAAGGUAUUAUGAGAAGCAGGUUGUUUCGGCACAGGACGAGGACGAGGUAGAGCUGGAUGGCGCCCCGUCUCUUCUUUCCGAUGAGGAAAAAUGGGAGAAGCUGCAAGACAAGGCGGAGACUGAGACCGAGACGGAAAAAGAGUGUGAUUCUGAUGAUGACGAAAUUGUAUUCGUCGGUAGAAAGGGGCGGAUGCUCGAUGCGUCAGCAAACCAUAAUCGGACACCGAAGGUCAUUCAUCCCGAUGUCGACAGGGCGGCUAAGGAGAAAGUUGGUGAGAAGAUGGUCUUUGAAAGCCUAGAGGGGGAUCGCGCUGCUGGCUUCGGCCGCUGGCUGGUCCACUCUCUCGCCUCCUACUACGGCCUGCGCACCUGGUCCGUUACAGUCGGCAAUCCCGCCCGUCGCGAGGCGUACGUUGGCAUCAAUCGUCCACAGCCCGCCAAGCAUCAACAGCAACAGCAGCAGCAGCAGAAUCGUUGGGACUCUCUGCCCUCAACGACGCCGGGAAAUAACAGCUCGCCCAUACCUGCAGUCGGACGUCAUGUUGCAAAAGCAGCAAGAGGUCAGCGGGACGACAUACUCCCUCAGCCUCUGUGGGUGGCUGUUGGCGUCUCCUGACUCUAUUUUAGUUGAUAGAUUGCCGCUUCUGUGGUUGGGAGUGUGAUUUGUAAACUAGGGAGGUGGCAAUUGCUGCCGUGUGCCAUUCUGCGUUUGUGUCUUCAUUCUAGAGAGGAGAUUUUUUAUUAUUUCCGUGCCUAUUCUAUUUUAAUUCCGUGUCUUUUUUCGUCGUUGAUCCUUUGUGGGCUUUUACCUCCUUUGGGAAGAAGGGAGGUUAUGGCAACAGCUCACUCGUACAUGUGUUAUGAAGUGUGCGGUACACAAACUGCGUUAAGCCACCCUGAUUCUUGUUCUUGAUUUUAGAUGUAUGGAGCAGAGAUUUCAUUCAUGUUGGGGAUGUUACAAGAAAUGAGAGAAAGAAAUGCGAAGAAAAGAGAGAUGAGAGAGAGGGGGGGGGGGGAAGAGAGAGAGAGAGAGAGAAAGAAUGUGUUGACAUCAACAUAUAUAUCAUUUUCAUAUUCUCUACA